AUGCCGUUCUUAAUGACCCUUUCAUCUUCUAAGCGGCAUUUGUUCUAUUCUGUUACAACUUUUUAUUUCAAUAACAGCACAAGUAUCAUUCUCAAUAACAUUUCAUCAUCAAGUAUUAGAUCCGUAAAGGCUGAUCUAGGGACAAGUCGGGCUGUGCUAGAGCCCGUCCCUCUAGCCCAAAUGCUAAUUAAAAAGAAAGAUUCAAAGGUACAGAUACACGACCACUGCAAAAAUCAACUUCAAUUAGAAUCUUUCAGUGCUGUCGCAAUGGAGAGAAGAGGAGAUGGAGUGAUAGCUAAAUGGCUUCGUGUCUUUGUACAAGGAGGCAACAAGUCUCCGUGCACGGAGACUUUGCAUAAUGUUGGUAAAUUUUUGGUCAUGGCUUCUAAAACAAACUUUGAGGAUCACAACUUUAAAUGUCCAGGGACUAUGGAUUUGCCGCUCCCUUCAUUGCAUGUUUUUCGGGAACCUAAGUUGUUUUUGCUUUUCAUGAUGCUUUGUUGUCUUUCUUGGUCAACUAGAGUCAACGCAGCUGUUGAUACUGCUCGAGGCCUUUCUUUCUUGCACGAUGCUAAAAACCAAGUGAUACAUCGAAAUGUUAAGCUUGCUAACAUUCUUUUGGAUGAGGCCUUCAAUGGCAAGUUGAGUGGCUUUGGUCUCGCUAGAGAUGGGCCACCUGAUGAUAGGACUCAUGUGACCACUCGAGUUGUGGGUACACAAGGCUACUUUGCACCGGAAUACAUUGCUACAGUUACUAGUACAAUUAUGGUGUCAACGACUGGAUACUCAGAUAAGAAGCCCCCGUUUGAAGAUUCAGAAUUUCUGGGAAAAGAUUAUGUUGCCCAGUAUCUCACCAAGGAUUUCUAUAUUUGUCUUUCCAUUAUUGGUGCACUAUGA